AUGGGCAGUGGGACGACAUGUCCAAAUUUUAUUUUUUUAAUAUCCUUUCUUCCCCCCUCUUGUCAUUUUUUUCCUUUCUAUAUCCAAUUUCUCUCUCUCUAUCUAUCUAUCUCUCCCUUUCUCUCUCUCUCUCUCUCUCUUUCUCUCUCUAUUUUUCAGCUUCCUUUUUCGUUUCUUUGGCGUCGGACCAUUUCGCUCUCUCUCUGUCUUUCUCUCUCUCCUUCUCCUCUCUCUCUUCCUCUCUUCCUCUCCCCUCUCUCUUUCUCUCUCUUUCUACCUGUCUCCCCCUCUCUCUUUCUUUCUCUCUCUUCCGAAUUCUCCUACCAUUUCCCUCCUUCAAUAUCCAGCUUUUCUUCAGUGUCCAAUUAUUUUUCUAUUUUCGUUUUUCUCAUCUUUCUGUUUAUUUCCUUUAGUGUUUAUCUCUCUCUCUCUCUCUCUCUCUCUUCUACCUUUUCUUUCCUUUCCUUUCCCUCUCUCUUUCUCUGCCUCUUCCCUCUCUUUCUUCUGACUUUUCGUCUGCCAUUUCUCUCCUUUACUUCAGUGUCGCAUAUUUCUCUAUCUUCCUUUUUUCCCAACUUCCUGUUUUCUUUCCUUCAACGUUCAGCUUUUCUCUCUCUAUCUCUUCUGAUUUUCAACUACUCUUUCUUUCACUUAAUAUAUAGCCGCCCUUCUCUCUCUAGCUAUCUUCCUACUUCUCAGCCUCUUCCUUUUCUUCAACAGCCAUUUUUUUUUCUCUCUCUCAACUUCCAGUUUCUGUUUUUCUUUCAAUGCCUACUUUACUCUUACUUAUUCCCCCUUUAUCUAUCUCUUUCUCUUAUUCUUCUUAUCUUUCUGUCCCCCUCAUUUAUUCUGCCUGUCUACUUCUACCUUAUUUGGUAUUUUAUCAGUUUUGACAUGCGCAAAAGCGUUUCGAAUAAUGUCGGAAAUAAGCACCUAUCCUAA